UCUUUAUCCAACCUCGCCACUUGAUCACCGCCACGGAAAAACAUCCGAUCCAGAAUUAGGCAUUCGAGAACUGUCGAGCUCAUCGAUUAUUCAAAAUGCAAUCCAUCAUUGAACACAGACGUCUCCUUACCAAACUCGCCAUCGGCUUUGGCAGUCUCCCUAUCCUCUCGUAUGCUUUUACUUCGUAUCGUGGAUGGCUCAGACUCGGACCAGGCGGCUUACCGUACAACCUCUACGGAUGGCUUCUUAAUGUAUCGGCGCACCUCAUCGCCCGCUCAGACACCCAAGAGCCAGCUCCGUACAACCCGGAGCACCUAGCAUCGCUGUACGGAUCCUCCGGGAACAAGUCCUUCUUCCAUGGCAAAGCCCUUCUUUCGAGAUCGGGCUCUCGACCAGAUGUACCAAGCUUCGUUGCGCCGCAACGCCAAAUGACGGAGCAAGCGACACCAGAGAUGCUGCAGAAGAUGAAAGCAUUUCUCGCCACACUAGCCAACCAAAACCCGGAGAUCAUCCAACUCAAAUUGUCCUCAUUGGAGGGCCCUUACCAAGACGCUUUGUGGCUUGCUGACGGCUUUACCAUCCCCGAGCACCUGAAAGUCACCAAGGGCGAGUUUGUGCAUCCUCAUGGCGAAGGCAGCUCGCACGUGACGCUGAGUCUGGCCGAUUCGGCGAAGGCCAUUGCGCUCGGCUGGGCGGAACGGCACAAGCUCAGCGGUACGAAGAUUGCUCCGUGGGGAUAUGUCCUCAUCUAUGCACCGAGAAACGAGAACGAGUUUUCAAUUUGGAAGCGUAUCGUUGUAGCGUCGGUGAGGUUCGUUGCUACUGCCGGUCCGGCUGUGCGGGUGCCGGAGUAAUUUCGCACGAAAAGAGACGCAAACUACUGGAUCUUUUGGCUUGCCUCUGCUUGUCUUUUUUCUUGUAUCACAAUCAAUGCCUUGCGAAUCGCAUUUUGGUGUAAAAAUACAGAUAGGAAUGUCUAGAUCUUGAUCCUAAAUACUCUCAGCACGCC